CUCCAGCUCCCACUGCACACAGGGAUAGGUGUGUGUGUGUAGAUUGUGAAUUCAGUGCUUAUGCAAGAGAGACAAAGGCUGACGGCACCGUGAUAUCUGUGCUGGACAGCAUGGGGCCCUCCUGGGCCUGGCUGCAUGUGGACAUCUAUCGGAUUUUUUAUCUGGCUGCUGUGUUUUGCCUGACCUAUGUGCUGCUGAAAGUGAUCCAGCUGUGUCGGAGGAGACAGCAACUGCUCAAAGCCCUAGAUUGUUUCCCAGGCCCGCCAAGGCACUGGCUCUAUGGCCAUGCCCAUGAGCUUCAAGAUCAAGAACUCAACAAGGUCAUAUCUUGGGCAGAGAAAUACCCAUGUGCUCACUCUGUAUGGUUUGGAGGUUUCUUAGGAUUCCUGAAUAUCUACCACCCCGAAUACGCCAAGGCCGUAUAUAGCAGAGGAGAUCCAAAGGCUGAUGACUUCUAUCAUUUCUUUGUCCCUUGGACUGGGAAAGGAUUAAUCGUUUUGCAUGGACCAAAGUGGUUCCAACACCGUAGACUGCUGACUCCUGCAUUUCAUAAUGAUAUUUUGAAAUCGUAUGUGUCGCUGAUGGCGGAUUCUACCAAAGUGAUGUUGGAUAAAUGGGAAAAGCGGAUAACAAAGGACAAGUCGUUGGAUAUCUUUGAGGACGUUGGCUUGAUGGCUUUAGAUAGCAUGCUGAAAUGCACCUUCAGUUAUCAAAGCAACUGCCAGAACAGCGAGAAUACAUUUCUCAAAGCUAUACGUCAGCUCACAGCCAUGGUACAAGAGAGAACGAGGACGUUUCUAUACCACAAUGAUCUCAUCUACUGGUUCAGUCCUCCUGGGUGUCGCUUCCGGAAUGCCUGCAGAAUAGUCCAUCGUCAUACAGAGAAGGUGAUCAAGGAGAGGAAGGAGUGGCUCAAGGAUGAACGAGAGCUCGAAAAGAUCCAGAAGAAGAGGCGCCUUGACUUUCUGGAUAUUCUUUUAUGUGCCAAGGAUGAAAAUGGAGACGGAUUACCUGAUGAAGACCUACGUGCUGAGGCAGACACUUUCAUGUUUGGGGGUCAUGACACCACAGCAACUGGGAUCUCCUGGCUCUUGUACUGCCUGGCCCUGCACCCAGAGCACCAGCAGAGAUGCAGGGAGGAGAUCAAGGAGAUUCUGGGAGACAGAGAGACCAUUCAAUGGAAUGACCUUAGUAACAUGCCUUACACCACCAUGUGCAUUAAAGAGAGCCUCCGCCUUUACCCUCCGGUACCUCAAGUGUAUCGACAACUCAACCAACCAGUCACAUUUUUCGAUGGGAGGACUUUGCCAGAAGGUAGCUUAGUGUCUCUGCACAUUUACGCGCUUCACAGAAACCCCGCGGUAUGGAAAGAUCCAGAGGUGUUUGACCCCCAGAGAUUUUCACAAGACAACUUGUCUGAUCAGCAUUCCUUCGCCUUUAUGCCCUUUGCUGCUGGACCACGGAACUGCAUCGGGCAGCAGUUUGCCAUGACUGAGUUGAAAGUGGCUCUUGCCCUAACCCUCCUCCACUUCGAACUCUCACCUGACCUGACUACACCUCCCAAUGAAGUAACUGAGCUUAUCCUGCGCUCCAGGACUGGAAUACACUUGCAUUUAAAGAAACUUUCCUAAUACCUUUGAUAUUUCAUGCUGAAACGAUCAUUGCUAUUUUUUUUCAGCAAAGCUUGCAAGUCACAAGACUUUCUUAGCAGAUUUGCUCAUCUUAAAUCUGAGGAACAGUAAGUUACCGUACUAGUGUGUGGGGGAGAAUGAAGGGUGAGGCUGGGCGGAGACAUUCUUAUGGGGCCUGAUCCUCAGCCACUAUAAAGUGACAUAGCUUCAUUGACUUGGAGCUAUGCCAAUAUAAACCAGCUGAGAAUUUGGUCAAUUAUAUUUACAGAUAGGCCAUAUACAGGAACACAAAGGAAACUACAACAGGAAAUCACUGGUUUUAAAAUCCAGUAGAGUGAGGGCAUCAUUAUAUUCUGUAUAGAGAAACUUCUCUCUCUUUUGGCUUUCCAAUGUCCUUUGUCUAGUCCCUCCAUCCCACCUUACAAAGCAACGAGGAUCUUAAUAUUAUAUCUGCCAGAGUAGGAGGGGGAAGCAUUUUCCUCUCCACACUAGGAAGUGAGCUUCCCAUUUAUCUUUGGGCCAAGAUGGAAAAAUUGGUGGGAGCAAAAUUGUCCUGUUAAAUGCAAUCUGAUUUAAUCAAUGGUCAAAGCCCGAUUUUGAUCUCACUUACUCAAUUACUUGUCCAGGUUUUGUUGAGAGCAUUUCAAUAAACACAUUAAUAAUCUUCCACCACUCGGUGACAUAUUCUGGAGUGUAAAAUGCUGAGAUGUUUGCUGUUCCCAGGGGCUACCCGGGGGGAGACAACUUGAUUCAGGUCAGUAGAUUUUUCUGGAAGCAAAACCCUGCGUUGUUAGGGGAGCAGGACAACAAAGUAACAUCAAUGAGCAAAACCUAAGUUCAGAAACAACAUUAUCAAUAUCUAGGUUGAAAUCUGUGUGUCAGGUAUGGCCAGCUGUGUGGGUUGAGCCAGCAAUGACCAAUGAGUGUCCUAAGCAAGCAAUAAAUUAAUGUAAUGAUGGGUGAGUUUUACAUUCAAGUCCAUGUUGACAUGGACGCUGAAGUCUCCCUGAACAAUGAGUUUGGAGAUUUUCAACACCAGUAUAGAGGACAAUGCUUCCAUCUUGUUUGCACCAUUAUGGAGAAAAGUACCUGAGUCCCGGACUCAUGCCUGAUCCACUGAACCAAGGUGCCUAAGCCAAACAGAGUGGGACUUUUCAAAAGUACCUAGUGAUUUACAAGCACAAGUCCCAUAGAAAAUCAGCACCACUUGGCCUCUUAAGUUACUUAGACACUUUGGAAAACCCCACCCACAAUCUCUCUGUCUCAUUUUUCCUAUCUUUAAAGUGGGCUAACAAUAACUGUGAACUAUCCCAUAGCACUUUUGCUUACGUCUGCAAGACCCUCCUACAAUAAUGUCUAAUACACCUGUUGAAAUUUAAGGACUGGGACUUUCUUCCAGCAUUUCUUUACUUCAUGGUCUAAUUUCAGUCCAUUGUGCAGACCCAGUAGCCUCUCCGUGGUUAAAAUUGCAACCGGGAUCCUAUUACACAUUUAGCCAAUGGUCCAGCUAGUCCAGUAUUUGGACUCCCACAUUAGCUAGUACCUGCUUGGAAAUUGUGGGCAAGGAGACCACCUGCUGUUUACCUCUCAUCUGUUCAGGGAAACAGAGCUUUCUGUAUAUUCUUUGCAAAUAAACAAGA